AUGGCUUCAAGUCGGCACAUCGGCAUCAUCGGCGCAGGCAUUUCGGGCCUCCGUUGCGCCGACAUCCUCAUCCAAAACGGGGCCCGGGUAACAAUCCUAGAAGCAAGAGAUCGCAUUGGUGGGAGGGUGCACCAAUCAACGGUUGGAGACCAUACGGUGGAUCUAGGCCCCAAUUGGAUUCAUGGCGCGGGGGAGAACCCUAUCAUGACCAUAGCGGACGAAACGGGGACUGUGAUGUAUGAUCCCGAGGGUGGACGGCAUGUCUCCUACUCGCGAGACGGCCACCCACUCAACGACGACGUGGGUGCUAAAGUCCAGGAAUUUGUCUGGACCACCAUCGCAGAAGCCUUCCAGCACAGCAAUCUCCACGGAGAAAGCAUCCCCGCCGAGACAAGUCUAUUCGAUUUCUUCCGCGAACGAGUCCAGCAAACCAACUUCUCAGAUGAGGAGACACAGCUCUGUCUCGAUGCCUGUAGGCUCUGGGGUACCUAUGUCGGUGAUCAAGUUGACAAGCAGAGCUUGAAAUUCUUCCGCUUGGAAGAAUGUGUUGAUGGGAGCAACUUCAUCGUGGCAUCUACAUACAAGCGCAUCCUAGAGCACGUCGCAAAAGCCGCCGUCGCCAAAGCCGACAUCCACCUCAACGAACCGAUCAUAAGCAUCAAAGCACCACCUCGCCACAACCCAUCCCCAACAAAGCACCAAGUAACCGUCACAACCGCCACAGGAACCAUAUACGACUUCGACCAAGUAGUCGUGACCUGCCCCCUGGGCUGGCUGAAACAAAACAUCUCAGCCUUCACACCGGCACUACCACCCCGUCUCGAACAAGCAAUCAAUAACAUCUCUUACGGCCGAUUGGAAAAAGUCUACGUGACAUUCCCACAUGCCUUCUGGCACACCGACAACACCAGUACCUCAACAACCAACACCGUCUUCGCCCAAUUCCUCGACCCAUCAUAUACACCCCACCCCGCACUCAUCGAAUGGAACCAAGAAUUCGUCUCGCUAGCCUCACUCCCUGAACCACAUGCCCACCCAACCCUCCUCUUCUACACCUACGGUGACGGCGGUGCAGAGAUAAUAAACCGUAUUUCAGAGCUAGACCCCUCAUCAGCCGAAUACAGAGAAUCCCUAAUUGAAGUACUGCACCCGUUCUACUCCCGCCUUCCCGGGUACAGCGCCGAAAACCCGGAUUGUGUGCCGGUUGCGCUGCUUGCUACGCAGUGGCAGAAAGAUGUGUUUGCUGGCAAUGGGUCAUAUUGUAAUUUCCAGGUCGGGAUACAAGAGGCGGAUGUGGAUGUUGAGGUUCUGAGGUCUGGGGAUGGGAUUGGUCCACUUAGAGGACUGUGGUUUGCUGGGGAGCAUACGGCGCCGUUUGUGGCGCUUGGGACUACUACCGGUGCGUUUUGGAGUGGGGAGAGGAUUGCGAGGUUGAUCUGUCGGGGGUUUGGAAUUGGGGAGGUUGGGGGAAUGGGAGUGAAGGAUGAUUCUUUGCCUUCUGCUGGGAAUGGGGCUUAA